AUGGUCACACUGGGGGACCUGCCUCCCACUGUCAUGGUCACCCUGGGGGACCUGCCUCCCACUGUCAUGGUCACCCUGGGGGACCUGCCUCCCACUGUCAUGGUCACCCUGGGGGACCUGCCUCCCACUGUCAUGGUCACCCUGGGGGACCUGCCUCCCACUGUCAUGGUCGUCCCGGGGGACCUACCUCCCACCGUCAGGGUCACCCGGGGGGACCUGCCUCCCACCGUCAUGGUCACCCGGGGGGCCUGCCUCCCACCGUCAUGGUCACCCGGGGGACCUGCCUCCCACUGUCAUGGUCACCCGGGGGACCUGCCUCCCACCGUCAUGGUCACCAGGGGGGACCUGCCUCCCACCGUCAUGGUCACCAGGGGGGACCUGCCUCCCACCGUCAUGGUCACCCGGGGGACCUGCCUCCCACCGUCAUGGUCACCAGGGGGGACCUGCCGCCCACCGUCAUGGUCACCCGGGGGACCUGCCUCCCACCGUCAUGGUCGCCCCAGGGGACCCGCCUUCCACCGUCAUGGUCACCAGGGGGGACCUUCCUCCCACCGUCAUGGUCACCAGGGGGGACCUGCCUCCCACCGUCAUGGUCGCCCCGGGGGACCCGCCUCCCACCGUCAUGGUCGCCCCGGGGGACCCGCCUCCCACCGUCAUGGUCACCCGGGGGACCUGCCUCCCACUGUCAUGGUCACCAGGGGGGACCUGCCUCCCACCGUCAUGGUCGCCCCGGGGGACCCGCCUCCCACCGUCAUGGUCACCCGGGGGACCUGCCUCCCACCGUCAUGGUCACCAGGGGGGACCUGCCUCCCACCGUCAUGGUCGUCCCGGGGGACCUGCCUCCCACCGUCAUGGUCACUCAGGGUACCUGCCUCCCACCGUCAUGGUCACCGGGGGGACCUGCCUCCCACUGUCAUGGUCACCCUGGGGGACCUGCCUCCCACUGUCAUGGUCACCCUGGGGGACCUGCCUCCCACUGUCAUGGUCACCCUGGGGGACCUGCCUCCCACUGUCAUGGUCGUCCCGGGGGACCUGCCUCCCACCCUCAUGGUCGUCCCGGGGGACCUACCUCCCACUGUCAUGGUCACCCCGGGGGACCUGCCUCCCCCUGUCAUGGUCACCCUGGGGGACCUGCCUCCCACCCUCAUGGUCGUCCCGGGGGACAUACCUCCAACUGUCAUGGUCACCAGGGGGGACCUACCUCCCACCGUCAUGGUCACCAGGGGGGACCUGCCUCCCACCGUCAUGGUCACCAUGGGGGACCUACCUCCCACCGUCAUGGUCACCAGGGGGGACCUGCCUCCCACCGUCAUGGUCACCAGGGGGGACCUGCCUCCCACCGUCAUGGUCACCAGGAGGGACCUGCCUCCCACCGUCAUGGUCACCAGGGGGGACCUGCCUCCCACCGUCAUGGUCACCCGGGGCCUCCAGUGCUCCACGUUAUGGCCUCCACAGUUACAUCAGGAGGUAAACAACAGUGCAAGAACAGGUGAUGAAACUUUGAACGUGUGA